CGUAGACUGCUGAAGGGAGGAAGCAGCGAGUCCAGAGCAGAGCAGGACCCACGGCACACCUCCUGUCAUCCCCAACAGAGAACUGUCACAACCAGCCUCUACAACCAGGAUUUUUCUUUUUAACGGAGACACCUGCAUCAACAGAGGAUCUCCUCAUUUUUCAGAUCAGUCCAUUCCCCUCUUUCGUUCCGUCAGCCGUCGCCCUUCUGAAAAUGGGGUGAUUGCCUUCUUUCUUCAUUCUGUUAACUAACCUGGAACCAGCCCAGGGUGCAACUCCUCCUGAUGUCUCAGGAUUCAGACUCCAAGCUCUACUGCUUCCCGGCGCAGGAGGACCAAGAUGGCGCCUCGGGUUGCAGGCCAUCCACCUCAAGCAGCUCCGUCCCUCGGGGGGCCACGGGGUGCAGCUCCAUGUCGCAGCUGCACCGGAUGGGAGGCUACGGCCAAGGUGCUCCUGACCUGCUCUCGGAGGGCAGUGACAGCAGCGGUCAGGACCCCCCCGCCUCGCCACACAAGACCCGUAAGAACGCCCGCUCUCUGCUGCUCCCGGAGGAGGACGUGGAGAUGAAGAGCAGCGGGUCCAGCGGGAGCGGGACCGAAUCGCAUGGCAACGAGAGCCACGGCCACGAGAGCCACGGCAACGAGAGCCACGGCCACGAGUCAGUGGGCAGCUCCAACGGCAACAGCAAAGACUCGGCCCUGCUGGAGUCUUCUGGGAGCAACAAAAGUUCCAACUCACACAGUCCAUCACCUCCAAGCAGCUCAAACGCCUUCAGUCUGCUGAGCUCAGAGCAAGACAACCCUUCAACCAGCGGCUGCAGUAGUCAGGAGUCUGCCAAAGCCAAGACCCAGAAGGAGGUUCUAAAAAUUCUGAAAGAGCUCAAGCUUCACCUGCCGGCUGAGAAGAAGCACAAUCACACAUCUUCCACGCUGAACACCCUCAAGUAUGCCCUCCGCUGUGUGAAACAGGUAGAAGCAAAUGAGGAGUAUUAUCAACUGCUGAUGAUAAAUGACAGUCAGCCCUCUGGCCUGGAUGUUUCCUCUUACACGAUAGAGGAGAUUGACAGCAUAACUUCAGAAUACACCCUCAAGAACAAUGACAUUUUUGCCGUAGCGGUGUCUCUUAUCACAGGGAGAAUAGUCUACAUUUCUGACCAGGCUGCCUCCAUCCUCAAUUGCAAAAGAGAAGUGUUCAAGGACUCAAAGUUUGUGGAGUUUUUGACACCACAGGAUGUUAGUGUGUUCUACAGCUUCACAACUCCUUACCGCCUUCCCUCCUGGAGCAUGUGCACUGGAGCAGAGUCAUCCCCGCCUGACUGCAUGCAGGAGAAGUCCUUUUUCUGUCGUAUCAGUGGUGGCAAGGAAUGUGAGGGAGACCUACGAUACUAUCCAUUUCGCAUGACGCCUUACCUGAUGAAGGUCCAAGACACAGUGCAUGCCGAGGACCAGUUCUGCUGCCUCCUUCUGGCCGAAAGGGUUCACUCCGGCUACGAUGCGCCCAGAAUACCUACAAACAAACGUAUUUUCACCACCACACACACACCAAGUUGUGUGUUCCAGGAUGUGGAUGAGAGGGCAGUUCCUCUUCUUGGAUAUCUCCCUCAAGACCUGAUUGGCACCCAGCUCCUUCUUCAUCUGCAUCCCAAUGACCGACAGGUCAUGCUGGCCAUUCACAAAAAGAUCGUUCAGUUUGUUGGGCAACCGUUUGACCACUCAUCCAUCCGUUUCUGUGCACGAAAUGGAGAGUACAUCAUCUUAGACACCAGCUGGUCCAGCUUUGUGAACCCCUGGAGCCGAAAGGUCUCUUUUGUGAUUGGGAGGCACAAAGUCCGCACGGGCCCUGUGAAUGAAGACAUUUUCACACCCGCCGUGGCGACUGUCAGCCAUAUGAAAACCAUGGAGUCUGACAUAGUGGAGAUAACUGAGCAGAUCCAUCGGCUUCUGCUGCAGCCGGUUCAUAACAGUGGGUCCAGUGGUUACAGCAGUUUGAACAGCAACGACCAACAUUUGGGCAUGACAUCUUCGAGUGAAAGUCUGAACAACGGCAACGAGAGUAAGAUGCAACAAGAGGAAGGAAGAGAGAGCAGCAAAAGCAGACCUCGCACAUUUCAGGAAAUCUGUAAAGGAGUCCAUCUUCAAAAGAGCCAAGAGCAGCAGAAAAAAAGCAAUGCUAAGGCGACACAGACGAGCCAAGUGGCGGUGCGACCCAAAGACUCGGCCCCUCCUCUUAACUGGAAGGACAAAACUAUUGAGAGCAGAGCCUCCUUUCAGGAGGAGUUAUCCCUCAGUGAUCAGACUGGCUACUCCUACCAGCAGAUCAGCUGCUUGGACAGUGUUAUCAGGUACUUGGAGAGCUGUAAUAUUCCCAUCUCCAUGAAGAGGAAGUGCCAUUCUUCCUCCAACACCACGUCAUCCAACUCAGAUGAAGACAAACAGAAAAGGUCAAAUAGCAUGCCGGUGUCUGAAGAACCAGCCUUAUUGAAGGAUCAUUCCGCUCUCACUGCUUUGGAUGACCCUGGCAAAAAGUCCAGUGACACAGGCACAGCGGUAGUUGGCACUGCGAUGCCUCUACCUCUUCCUAACAAACCAGAAAGCGUGGUGUCCAUAACCAGCCAGUGUAGCUACAGUAGCACCAUAGUUCAUGUUGGGGACAAGAAACCUCAGCCAGAGUCAGAAAUCAUCGAAGAUGGUGUGGGGGAGACAGCUGAAUCCAUCCAGAAUCCCGGCAUUCAUCCAUGUGCCGUUUUACCUCCCACUCACGAGAAAGAGCCCUACAAGAAGCUGGGCUUGACUAAGCAGGUGUUGGCAGCCCACACGCAGAAGGAGGAGCAGGCUUUUCUGUGUCGUUUCCGAGAGCUUCGUGGACUCGCCGCCAUCAAAGAAAACUGCUCCCAGUACCUGGAGCAUCACAGAGACAAGAUCGGCAGCGACGCUGUAUGUGCAGCUCAGCCUACUAAAAAGAAAGAAGCGGAUGCCAAUCAGACCGCACGCCGGAGUUCACGAAAUAAAAAGUCAAAGCGAGCCAAGCGUGUCGCUUCCACCGACAGCCCGGCGUCCCUUCACAGACCGCAGCAGCUGCGGCCUCCGCAGCCAAACCACGGCCUUAAACAGACGCUGUCGUCCCCCUCUGAUAGCUCACAGUCCACCUUCCCAAUGGCCUACCCUGCCGUGAUGCCAGGCUACCCUCUGCAUGUUUUCCCCAGAGCAGAUUCCGUGUCUCCACACACACAAGCAACUCCUCAAGACUUUACAGAAAACCAGGGUUCCCAAGCCCCCCCUUUCCCCCCAUCCAUUCAGUCCGCUCCCUACACUCCCCCCAUCGUCACCCCGAUGGUGGCUUUAGUGCUGCCCAACUAUAUGUACACCGUGCUGGGUGCUGGGCAGCCACCCCCACCACAGCCAGUGUACCCAGUGGACUUAGGGGGCUAUCCCACUUUGCAGGCUUUGCACCCUUUCGGUCAGGCGGCCCUUUUAAGCCAAGGUGCCUUCACGUCUCCACCCUCCCUCAUCAGCCAGAAUCAAUUCAACACCACCAACCUCGUCGCUCCUCACGCAGCUUACCCGGGUCCGUCCCAUGUUCCCUUAUCCAUGGAGACCCAGAAGCCCCACGCGGAGGGCCAGUCCCGCUCCUCCACACCACAGUCGGCCGAAGCCGGAGGCAUGGAAUCCCCGCCCCUGUUCCAGUCUCGCUGCAGCUCGCCACUAAACCUGCUGGAGCUGGAGCUGUCCGUGGACAGGCAGGAGAGCGCGGCGCUCGCUCCGGGAGGACAAGGGAACGCCGUGGCCGAAAGGGAGAAAGCAGCAAGUGGCAACCAGACCAAGGAGCGGGGGCUGAAACAGGUGAAGCCCUCUCUCAGUCUCCUUGGUCCACCAGGACCCUUGUAUUUCGAGGGCACACCCUGUGUCUGUGAGCGUUUGUCUUGGGAUAAAGUGUGGUCUAGGCUGGGGUCGUGCAGCAAAGAGAGAGGCUCGCAUGGCGAUGGCAACAACAGCGAUGUAAACUCUUCAUCCAGCGACAUGUUGGACAUCAUUCUCCAAGAGGACUCCUGUUCGGCCACCUCUGGGUCCAUGGCCUCAGGGUCCAACGGCUGUGGGACUUCGGCCAGCGGGACAUCUAAGAGCAGGACGUCAGCCAGCAGGACCUCAGGCAGUUGUUCAGGAAGUAACAACAGCAGCAAAUACUUUGGCAGCGUGGACUCAUCUCAGAGCAAUCAGAAGGUCAAAGGUCACCUGAGCAACGGCGAAGAAAGGCCUGUGGAGACAGAGCAGAGCGAACAGUUCAUCAGCGAAAUCCACAGAGUCCUCAGAGAGGACAAAGAGAAGCUGAAGGUGCUGCACAAGGCCCAACCUCACUUCUCAGAAGAGCAGAAGAAGGAGCUGAUCGCUGUCCACCCCUGGAUCAAGAAGGGAAGUUUACCCAAAGCCAUAGAUGUCAAGGGCUGCACCUGCUAUGACGGCACUUUGGAGGCUGCAGCGGGAGCAGAUGACCAGCUGGACGUGGACCUCAGCGAUCCAGAGACGGAGGGUGUCGGCUGUGAGCAGAGGCCAGACGAGGAGCCCUCAGACUCUGCCGUUAUUGCCUGCUGUGUCAGUCCGUUAGCAAACUCCCACCUGGAGAUACAAGAUGACAGACAAUAAACACGUGUUUCUUAGGAAGACUACUACUACUCAACAUUGCUUUACAGAAUUGUGAAGAGCACAUCUCAAAGCUGAUUUUUAUGGGCUCCUACUUGUUCCGCUCACUGUACAAUCCAGAUUUUGUAGAAUGUGAAUAUAUUUGACCGACAUCGAAUUUAAUUUUGUCAAGCAACUCUUGGCAGGAUUUUGUAAUUUGCUUGGGGAAUUACUGAACUCUUUCUCAACAUGUGUUUUAUUAGGUUUUUCUCUUCAUAGCACAUAGCAAUGUGUGACUGUUAGAAAUCAGAUGGUACACUAAUAGGGGACCCAGCAUCUGAUAGGGGAAGAAAUAACUUUCAGAAAUACUAAGAAGUCGAAAUUCUAUAUUUAUAUGCAUGAACUCACCAUUCAGAAACAUUUCUUCUGUUACAACCACACUUUGCCAUCCCAGCAUAUGUUGAGAGCAGCUUUUAAAGUAAGUAGUUUCAAGUCCCCAUCACCAAGCACCAAUGAGCACAAGUGCACUUUGUGAGCGACUGUGGAUAAAGAGUAAAACCCUUUGAGAGUAAAGUCAAACUGUUCCAUUUAGCGAGAGAUAUUUAUGGUGAAAUUACAAGCUCCCUCAGUCUCCCCCUAGUAAGCUUUUCACCACUUUCCUCAUGACUGAUUUUAUGUUGCACUUGAGAAAAAAAAAUCAGGGGUAAAGUAGCUGAAAGAUAAAUGUAGUGGAGAAAAAUGUGCAAUAAUUCCCCUCUGCAGUAAACAUCAAUCUAAAUAAAUUGGAUAUCUAAAGCAUAUAUAUGCGAUUGCAACACUUGGAAGUGACAGAGACUUCUGAACUGGACACUAACUCUGAGCUUUAGCUGUGUGCUGCAUUUACAUCACCAGGCUGCCGGGUUGUAAAUUUCACCAUUGCCACUGAACAGUUUCCUUUUCCUGCGGAGCCAUCUCUGCAUCGAUCACCAAAUGCACCUUAGUCUGAGCACAUUAUCGGUCACCUGUAUUUGCAAAAUGUUUGUUUGAUCAUUUUCUUUGUUGCCUCAUGUUUAAAUGAGCUGACGUAUUUCAAUGCUUGUGUUAAUGUUUGUAACAGCCCUUGAGUAUACAUAGCAUUUAUAUUUUUACAUACAAUAACUGUUUUUUUAAAAAAACAAAAAAAACAAAAAAGCACAUAGAUCUGUUUUUAAGCUUCAAAAGCAAAGC